AUGUUUAUUAAAGAGGAGAGUGAAGAUGUGAAGACUGAAGAAACAUUCAGAGUGAAACAUGAAGAUACUGAGGAACAAACAGACCUGAUGGCACUGAAAGAGGAGACUGAAGUACUGAAUGAAAUGGAAGAGAAAGAUCAAUAUAAUAAUCAUCAUGAGUUUGUAACAGGAGAAAAACAGACUGAAAAGAUUUCCUUGCGAAAAAGAGCUAAAAAGAAAGGGUCUAGGAGUCGCUUCACCUGCCAACAGUGUGGAACAAGUUUCAAUAAAAAAGGAAACCUUAACAGGCACAUGAGAGUUCACACUGGAGAGAGGCCUUACAGAUGUGCUAAGUGUGGAAAGAGUUUCAAUCAAAAAAGAUACUUUAAAGACCACAUUAGGAUUCACACUGGAGAGAAGCCUUUCACUUGCAAACAAUGUGGAAAAAGUUUCAACCAAAAAGGAAACUUUAAUAACCACAUGAGAACUCACAGUGAAGAGAAGCCAUACAUCUGCCCUCAAUGUGGACUAAGUUUCACUCUUAAAGGAAGCUUUAACAGUCAUGUGAAAAUUCACUCUGGAGUGAAGUCUUUCAGCUGCAAACAAUGUGGAAAAAGUUUCAACCUUAAAGGAAACCUUGACAGACACAUGAGAAUUCACACUGGAGAGAGGCCAUUUAAAUGUGGUCACUGCGAAAAGACUUUCAGAUAUAAUGCAACCCUCGAGUACCACAUGAGGUUUCAUGUAUGAAAGAACUCAAGUCAUCAGUGUGGAAUGAGCUUCACGGACAGGAAUCACCUUAGGAAUGUUGGAAAUCUCAGAAGCAAAGACCAGGAGACUUGAUGACUGCAGCUACCGACAGCACGUGCAUAGGUGCUAAUCCAAUCAGUCUGACAGUAUCGCCCAUACCUUUACAUUAUCAUAGAGAUAAAAGCACUGCUUUAUCUUGAGCUUGUCCUGCCAAAUGGUCUGAAAGAGCAUGAAACAAAAGGUUAGUGUUUCAGACACCUAUUCAUAAAUUGCUUAACUUUGUAGCCACUGUCUGUUCUUUUUUUGUUUGUUUGUUUUUUUGUUUUUUAUGUGAAAUGGCUAAAAUAGAACUCACAUUAAUGGUAAUGUUAAUGUUACUCAAGAAGCCUUCAAGAGAUCCCUCUGUUCUGAACUAUAUUCAUCCUAUUUCUGCUUUACCUUUUAUCUCAAAGGUGUUGGAAAAAAAUUGUGUUUGACCAACCUAAGUCUUUUCUUAACUGCAAUGGUAUUUUUGAAACAUUUCAAUAUGGUUUUAAGUCUGCUCACAUUACCGAAUCUGCCCAUUUGAGAGUGCUAAAUGACAUAAAUCUAUCUACUGGUGACUCUUGUUCUCAUGCUUCUAGAUCUAUCAGCAGCCUUUGACACUGUUGACCACUCUGAUAUCUAGAUUAGAAUCUUACGUGGGGCUUAAAGGAAUCGUCCUUAAGUGGUUCCAGUUUUAUCUCUCUGACCGAAAAUGUUAAGUCAAGUUAGGCAAUUUUUUCUCGUCUGUUGCUCACCUGUGGUCUUCUUCAAGGUUCUAUCUUGUCGCCUUCUCUUUUUUCCCUGUAUAUGCUUCCUCUGGGCUCCAUUCUAAGAAUACACAGGGUAUUAUUUAACUUUAUGCAGACGACACCCAAAUUUACUUACCAAUCAAGAGAAAUUAUCCUUUUGUCUUUACUUUUAUCUUUAUUAAGUUGCCUAGAUGAAGUUAAAUCUUGGCUAGCCCAAAAUUUUCUAUCUUUAAACAAAAAUAAAACUGAGUUGAUUGUUUUUGGGCCCACUGAUAAUUCUCAGGCUACCAGCUUAGAUCUGGGUAGACUAUCUGCGUUUAGAUCUUCAAAUGUACGGAACCUGGGCGUUCUGCUAGAUGAGUCUUUAAACUUUGACAAACACAUCUUUUCUGUAAUAUGCUCUUGUUUUUAUCAACUUCAUAUGUUGUCUAAAAUUAAACAUUUCCUAAA